UCAAUCUUAUAUUAAACAACGAAUUAUUAAAAACAUCCUUUUUUAAAUUUCAAAUAUCUCAGUCGGUAAUAUAGGCGUGAAGUGCCUGUCGAAAAUAGAAUUUAUAAAACUAGAUGCGACAUAUGAUUGCACGAGAGGUCUAAUUCACAAACGCACUUUACACUCUACAGACCAGCUGGUAUUGGUCGAACGGUUUAAUUUGAUGAGCAUUUACAACCUUAAUAAACAAACUAGCCAGUUCAUUAUUCCGAAAUAGAACUUUCAUUUGACAGUACUUAUAUGCAAUUCAAAUGUCUUUGAAAUUUUGGUGAUAUAGUUCCUUUACAAAUUCUCAUUAAAUUAUUAUUUUGAAGUUCACUUAUAAUCAAUAGAAUUAAAAAAAAAUGGGUAGUACUGACAAGGCUGUGAUUACUGGAUUUAUAUGUAGACUCUGCAGUAAAAUGAAUCGAUUUGUGAUCCAUAUUUAUGGUGAAGAAGGCGAAAGAAUGAAGCUAGCCGAAAAAAUCAACACCUAUCUUCCAAUUACUGUAAAUGCAAAUGAUCAGCUACCAAAAACUGCAUGUUUGCAUUGCAUUGAAAGAUUAGAAGCUCAUCAUGAGUUAAUGGAACAGUUCAUGUUUGCUAGGCGGAAAUUAAGUAGUGAAAACAAAUCUACAACAAUAACUACUUCCUCAACAUCUUCAACAUCAAUUGAUACAACAACUGCAUCUAGUAGUCCACCUCCUUGUUGACACACAAUUUAGUCUAUCUUAUUCAAGAGUGUUUAAUAUGAAUUAAUCAUUAGGUUAAGUCGUUAUUCAUCAACAUAUAAAAUAUCGAUAAAUAUAGGAAACUCAUUUAUCAUUAUAGAUAAUUGAUAUCAGCAAAAGAAUUAAU